GCGGGGUAAGGGUAGAAUCUUGAUCACUUAAUUAGUUCAGCUGUCGACCGUCGUCUUCUUUACCGAAUCUAGUGCAUCAAACGUAAAAUACGAUUCAGCUGUGAAUUUUUCUGCUAAAGAAUGGAAAACAGACGCGAGCCCGAGAACCAGCAACAAGACAGUGGGAAAGAGCAGAACACACCGUUUGUCAUAAGAAUACCAUCUUACGAGGAGGUAUCCGAGAGCUCUCAACCCAAAACGACGUCGCAGUCCCUCUUCACUCCUUCUCCCUCCUUCUCUCAGGCCUUCAAUUUCGUCAGGAACUCCGAGUUCUACGCAGCCCCGCCGCCAUCUCCACCGCCGUCGCAGCCAUCGGAAAAAGUUUCGCCUUCACCUUCUCACACACCCCCUCCAAGGCAAAUUGAGCAAUCGAAAGGCCCGUCUACUUCAAUUUCUUCGUCUGGGGGGAAUCGGAACGCCAUCCUUGUUAGCCAUAGACAGAAAGGGAACCCUUUACUGAAACAUAUAAGGAAUGUGAGAUGGGCGUUUGCUGAUAUUGUUUGUGACUACUUGUUGGGCCAGAAUUCCUGUGCUCUUUAUUUGAGUCUUCGUUAUCAUCUCCUACAUCCAGAUUACUUGUAUUUUCGCAUAAGGGAACUGCAGAAGAACUUCAAGCUUCGUGUUGUGUUGUGCCAUGUUGAUGUGGAAGAUGUCGUUAAGCCUUUACUUGAAGUCACAAAAACAGCUCUACUCCAUGACUGCACUCUUUUAUGUGGUUGGAGCUUGGAAGAAUGUGGUCGAUACUUGGAGACUAUUAAAGUUUAUGAAAAUAAGCCUGCUGAUCUUAUCCAAGGCCAGAUGGAUAUGGACUACCUAUCACGGUUGAAUCAUGCACUCACGGCAGUACGUCAUGUUAACAAGACGGAUGUUGUUACUCUUGGUUCUACAUUUGGAUCACUUACUCAUAUCAUGGAUGCAUCAAUGGAAGAUCUUGCUCGCUGCCCUGGCAUUGGAGAAAGAAAGGUAAAGCGCUUGUAUGAUACAUUUCACGAGCCAUUUAAACGUACAGUUCCAAAUCCUGCACCGGCAGCUGGUGAAAACCCAAUUGACGAGUCAGUUACUGGACUUGUGCCAGAAAGUGAAAGAAAUGAGGACAAAAAGGAAAUUCCGGAAGGGAGCAAAACAAAGCAAAAGAAAGAGACUGAAGUAAGCAUAAAAUCUGCCCUUUCAGCUGCAUUUGCUAAGUACUCUGACCGGAUUGGUCAGAAGCGACGUGCACCUGUUCCAGAUGAGAAAGGAGAAGAUUUUCAAUGAUAAUAAGAAUUAAUAACAGUUAAGUUGUUUUAGGGAGGCUUUUGAAAUCAGGAGAGACAUUGUAACAUGUUAUAGCUAUCAUACUUGUAUGUGAAGCUGUAUACUUGUGAUAAUAUCCUUCUAUAGAUCUUUCCUCAUGGUAGGACUCAGGACUUUGAUUUAAUUUGUAAUUCAUUCUUGAUCAGUGGAAUGUCAAGACUUUAACCAGUGGUUAAGAAAUUAAUCGCUUGCGGUUUUAAGAAAUUAAUAAUAAAA